AUGUUAUCUCUGUUUCAACCAACUUUUGAACUAUUAAGAACAUGGUGCCCAUGUUUCUCCAAGACAUUUUGUUGUUGCUGCAAAAAUGUUUCAUCUGAAGAGCGUACUCUUUUAAAUAAUAGUGACACAUAUGGCGGCAAAGAACUGCAAAACUUCUCAAAGCCCGCUGAGGAUUCGGAGGAUUCUGAAGAGGAAGCAUCCAGAAGAAGAAUAGCUGAGCAUAAGAAACAACUUGAAGAAAAAAGACGGCUCAAAAUGGAAAAAGGGUAUGCGGAAAUCGCCAUAAUGCAGAGAACACGAAAGGAAAUAGAGAAUGAUGUCAGAAAUCAAGAACAACGACUUUCUCAACUGGUUCAGCCGAGAAGAUCGGAAGGUGCUGGAAAUGGAGAUGAGAUAGUGGAAAGUUCGGACGACGAAGAAGCACAAAUCCAUAAAGAAUUCCAAGAGAAACUGAAAAUUCAAGACGAACAAUAUAAGAAAAAACUGGAUGAUAUGCGAAAAAGAAAACUGAUAAGACAGGAAGAACACAGCAUUGAAAUGUCCACUUUGAAAACAGAGCGACUGGAAAAACUUGACAAUUUACUCAAGCUUCAUUCAAUUUUCCUAUUCUCUAGUAGUGUUGAAAAUGAGAAGGAAUCUGAAAGAGUCGCUGAAAUUUUGAGAUGUCACAAUAAACCAUUUAAGGAAGUUCCGGUGGAUGAUGACCCAUACAUCCGGUUGGCAAUAAAGGAGUUUACCGGGAGAUCCGACUUUCCACUACUGCUUGUUGGUGGUCAAUGGGUUGAUACCUCUAUGGAGGGGGAGUUUUUGAGUAGAGUUGUAGAUUUUUGA